GCGAGACUGUGGUUCUCUCCGCUCUCACGGAGCAGAGCAGAGCUGCGGGGGCAGUCGUCUCAGAACAGGAAAAAGCGGCACAGAGGUGUCACUACAGCCAUAGAAGAUGGAGUUGAAGCCAAAGCAACGCCAUGGACCACCAGGAAUGAGCCGCACAGGCAGGAAGACAUUUACCAGCCAUUGCAGACAUGUCUACGGCCAAGCACUGUACUGAUUUAAAAUAAUCAGAAGUAGCAUAUUUCAAGAGGAAAAUGUUGUUGAACAAACUUCUUGCAAGACUAUUUGGAUGAAAACUGUCACAAAUGCUGGUGUGGUCGAGUCUCGGGAGUUGAAAGCUGUGGAUCAGUCUCAGCAAGAACAGCAAAUAAUAAUUAGCAGCUAAGGCAGAGGAAAUACUUUAAGAGAGAAGGACACCGAAAUGUGGCCGAGACCUUAAGUCACCUUUGAGCAUGAAGACAUUCAGAUCAGAUUGUUUGGACCUUAAUAAAUAGGAACAAUCUGAAUGAUCAAAUGUAAUAGCACUAUAUGUGAGGCUUAGGCUAAUAAUGUAAAUGUGCACUUUGGAAAAAAGGGAGACCUCUUAUUUAGUUUAAAAUUCAUAGGAAAUCGUAACGAUGGUUCACAUGAAGCUCCAGCGAUGACGUCAUCAGAUUGUCUCCAGUGAAGCACCAGCGAUAAUGUUGUCACAGGUGAUGCUGGGUAUCCUCCUGACCCUCUUCAUCCUUCUGACCAUCAGUGGUAAUGUGCUGGUGUGCUUGGCUGUCUGCGCCUCCCGACGCCUCCGCUGCCUCACAAACUGCUUCAUCGUGUCGCUGGCUGUGACCGACUUGCUGCUCGGCCUCCUGGUCCUCCCUUUCUCCGCCCUCCUCCAGCUCAACGACGAGUGGCCGCUCGGCCCGGCCUUCUGCAACUUCUACAUCUCCAUGGAUGUCAUGCUGUGCACCGCCUCCAUCCUCACCCUCCUGGCCAUCAGUGUGGACCGCUACCUGGCGGUGACCAUGCCGCUGAGAUACGCCUCACUGGUGUUGCCGUGGAGGGUUGCUGUGGCCAUGGCCAGCGUUUGGACAAUCUCUGUGGCCGUGUCUUUCUUGCCCAUCCAAAUGGGGUGGAACACUGUUAAUGGUACAGUGCAGAACCAAGGGCCAUGGGCUCCAGAGAGAAAAUGUCGCUUUGAGCUGAACAGGCCCUACGUACUGACAGACUCUCUUCUCACUUUCUACCUGCCUCUGGUGGCUAUGUGCUGGACGUACCUGCGAAUACUUCGCAUUGCACGGACACAGGCCAAACGCAUCAUCAGUGCCCGACCCACGUGCAUCACGAGCUACAAAAGCAGGAACAAUCCCUCCACCAGUACCACUGUGGUUUCCAGCGUAACAGCAGUGGCUCUGCGGGAGCACAAAGCCACAGUGACCCUGGCAGCAGUGAUCGGGGCUUUUGUGGUGUGUUGGCUGCCGUACUUCAUCCUGUUCACAGUGUUGGGCCUAAAGGAGCAUCCAGACCCGAGCACAGUACCAGAAUACCCCAUUGUGAUGUGGCUCGGUUACGCCAACUCAGCCCUCAACCCUAUCCUCUACGGGGCCAUCAACAGGGACUUCAGGUCAGCCUACACCCAUCUACUGAGAUGUCGGUGCCCUACUUACAGUGGGUGGAUGAGCCGGCAGCCGUCUCCUACUGUAACAACUGGUAAAGCUGUUAAAGGCUUGAAGUGUGCAGCCAGAGACCAGCUUACAGAGGUGACACUGCUGUGUGGCCACACCCCUUCCACAUGCAGGGCGGGUCAAACAGAGCAAAACUUAAUGCUUCAAGAAAUGAACAGCAGGACCGCCACAGCGACUAUCCAAUUUGCAAACGGCACUGCUGUCACAGAUGUCAACGGCAAUGAAAGGUCGUGCUGAGCCUGUGCUGGUGAGAUGGGUGCUGUGUACUGCGGCUGCAACCAAAAACCAAAAAUUCAUCAGCCCAAGAGGAAAGAGCAACAGACAGACGACAGAAGAUGGAAAGAGAUUUAAAGCCUGUCUAUUUGGAGACCUUCAGUGCCGCAGUCCAAGCACCCAUAACACAACCUCAACCACUCUAUCCAUAAUUCAACAAAGAAAAUUUCGAGAAAAUGUGACCUCAGCAACUCCACACCUCAUCAGCAGGAAACAACUAUACCCACACAGCCGGCCCUACCAAUCCAGGACCGAACAAAAGACGAUGCUGCUACGUAGACGGAGCUACAGCAACCAUCACACAUAUUCUCUCAAACUAACGGCGGAUAGUAUUGAAGCUCUGGAGGACUGAAUGAGACCAGCCGAUUAACACGUUGGUCAUCAAUUUCAUGAACUACAUUAUUUAUGCUGACUCAAGAGUGCACUCCAGUGGAAACUCAACGUAUCACAACUUCAACCUGGACAGACUUAAUGGAAAUGGAUGUUUUCACAAAAGGAGAGAUUGGAGAGGGAAACGUGAUAAAUGGACUUUUAUUAAACCAGCCAUUCCAUGUAGAAUGUGUUGAAAUGUGUGACAUUUGAAUGUGUAGCAUGCAAACUAAUGUUAUGUGUCUCUUUCGAAGGAUGCAGAUUGUGUCUUUACUAUUGCUUAUUCAGUGGCAUAAAGCUGGCAUAUGUAUGUAUUGUUUCAUAUGGUUAAAGUAACUGAGGACUGAAAAACUGCCUGUUUUUAUCCUCUAAAAUACAUAAUUACAACCAUACUGUACAAAUAAAGGGCAGCUUAAAUAAAGAAAAUAAUGUAUCAUACCAUUUUUAAGGGCAAUACAAAUAGGAUGUAUUUAAGUAGAGAUAGAGAUUAUCAUG